AUGCACGCGCCUCCUGGCCCCACCGCCUCCAUGUCAGUCACUUCGUCUUCUUCUUCUGCUUCUUCUUCUUCAUCCAGCAUCUCUUCUCCAUCUCCCCUCUUGCGGCUGGCUUCGCACAACCUGAGCCCGCGACCCACCACACCCGGGCACCUGGGGCGUUCGGCCUCGCCCCCGCUCGAGCACCAUGGGGGUCCGGCCACCACCGCGCCUCUGCCGCGCCUGACCGACCUCUACGACCUGCAGCACGUCAUCGGCCAGGGCGCCUACGGAGUCGUCUGGUUGGCGCUGGAUCGGCGUAGCGGGCAGCGGGUGGCGGUGAAGAAGAUCGCGGACGUGUUCGGCGACAGCAAGGAGGCCAAGCGAACCCUGCGCGAGGUCCGCCUCAUGCGCCACUUCCGCGGAUCCUCUCCUCACAUCUUGGCGAUCCACGACUUGGUGCCGGCGAUGGCGGAGGGGAAGGAGGAGGGCGAAGAGGAGGCGGUGACGAUGCACAACUUUCGCGACCUGUACGUGGUGACCGAAUUCAUGGACGGCGGCGACCUCUCGCAGCUGACUUGUGGCAACAAGCCGCCGCCGGAGGCCGCCGCCCACUCGGGCUGGCACCGGCCCGACGAGCAGCUCGUCAAGGCCGUCGCGUUUGGCCUCCUCUCCGGCCUUCGCGUCAUCCACGCUGCGCGCGUACUCCACAGGGACCUACGACCAAAGAACCUUCUCCUCAGCGGCGACACAGUCAAGACUCGCACGGAGCAGAUAGCGGAUUUUGGGAUGGGGAGGGGCAAGGCCAAGAAGCUGGAGACGGCGCAGAACAGAAUGAAGCUCAGCCUCAUGGAGUUCGUCAGCAACCGCUACUACACCGCGCCCGAGGGCCUCCUGCCCAAUAACGAAUACAGCUACCCUGUGACGGAGAUGCUCCUGGGCCGCAACGUCUUCCGGGACUCGCGGUACCCAGAUCAAAUGCGAACGGUGAUCAGCGUGCUGGGCACUCCAGCCGAAGAGGACCUGGCCAGCAUCGCCAGCGGCAGAAAUGAAAAGUUUCGCGCCUACAUUCGCACGCUGCAGGCCCACGAGCCGAACCGGCUGUGGACUCUCCUCCCCAACCUCAGUGCCGAAGGUAAAGAUUUCCUCCAGCGGCUGUUGAUGUUCAACCCGAACAAGCGGGCCACAGCCCAGGAGGCCCUCCGCCACCCGUGGCUGCGCGACGUGGCCGCAGCGCACACGAGCGCGCCGGGUAGUACUGCGGAUGACGGGGACGACGAGCCGGGCGACCAUGGCGUAGUGGCACCCUUCGAGGGGGGCGAUAUCGAAGCGGCCGAUGACGAGAGCGCCCUGCGACCACUGCUGUGGCGCGAGGCCCUGAGUUACCGUGGGCGCGACUGA